ACAAAUUGUUUCGUAAUACAUAUUCAUCUUUGGAGUUUGUUUGCAAAGAAGGCUACGUACAGUGGUGCAUUUGUGAAGCACUGCAUCCCACAGACCUGCACUAUGCUGCAUCCCAUUUAAUGUAGCAGUGAUGUAUACAACAAAGCUGAAGUCAGUGGCUGCAGCGUUGCAUUGGUACCCCAGAAAGAGUAACAGGUAUCGCCCAUGCUGCCAACCUCUCCGUUGUACACAAUUGAAGUGCUGCCUUUAUUCAGUUUCUCCAUUGGUAUUUCCGUCGCCUGCAUCUUCCUCUUGGGCCGAGGGAUUUGGCCCUGUGCACAAAUUCUCGUAGAAGUACUUAUACCUAUAGGAAGACUUUUAUUCAUGAAAACAAAAAUGCAAAAAUGUACAUGAAAUAUAACCCCUGCAGUGUUUCCGGCAAGCUUAUAUCGCUUUACGGUGGGCAGGGGUCCGUUUGGAAGGAUCCAGUCGUUUAGUGUGACGACUGACCUCUGUAAAAAAGGGGCGCAGUUUAUCGUGCAUUCACAGACGAAGUAGACUGGACGGGCGGUCGACCUGUCUUCUUCAUGUGUGUGCGUGUCUGGUGUUACACGGUGCACUUCCGAUCAGUAUCAAAUUUCUCGGUCGCGAUUGGCUCCUUAGCGCAAGAUGCGGGAGGUAUCGAAUCGCGGUCGAAAAUUACGAUCCGGAUCGGGCUCGAUCGAAAGUGCGAUCAAAAGUGAGCGUCUUGCCGUGUAGCUUUUGCCGCUUUCCAUUAAAAGCCGAGUGUGUCGAUUGUUGAUGACCAAUCAAAGACUAAGUAUAAAAGGAUGACAGAAAAAUUGGUCACAAAUUGUUCACGCAAAUUCACACUAGGUGCAGGUACAAUAAUAAAGUUUGCAUCGAAACCGAAACCGUUCGUAAUGCAGCGCCCCUACAAAAGCUAGUAACACUUAACAAGUUCAUGGCUGAUCCUAGCCCCAACUUGUGGCCCUGGCUGAUGCUGGCUGUUUCUACUUUCGCAGGUCGAUAGGCUAAAUUUCGCAUCUUACUUCAUUACGAAGUUUAUAUAGAGGUUACAGUUAUGUUUAGUUAUACUGCUGAUGUGAGCUCAUGGCCCCUACCACUGGUGCGCGGGGACAACAGUCUUUGUAAAUAACUGCGCCAUACAGCUAAGGGAGGGCCAUUCUGCGGAUGCUAUUUGUGCUCUCGGCAGGGGGCAGAGAGAGCUGGCCCAGUGCAGCUGCUGGUGGUUCCUGCCCUGUGCUGAACAUGGAGACCUCGCCUCUUCCACCUGAAAGGGCCCUGCCCUUGGCGCAGCCCUUCCUCUGCCGCCAUGGCCACGAGCCUUCUUCACUGAAUGCCUCCUCGAUGCACAGACAUGCUGAUGCAAGGUCAUCCCUAUGGCUGAUAUGGCUGCGCAAGUAUGUCAUCCUCUGCCUGGUGUGCGGUGGUUCUGCUGUCUUUGUUGGGGUGCUAUUCAUCGCCAUCUACUUCACUUUGAAGUCGUACACUUCAUCCCUGCAGUUUUUCGAGACCAUACCCACCUAUGUACCUGCUGCGGUGCUAAUUCUGACUGGACUUAUGGUUAUGUGCUUUGCCAAGCGUAGAAACCGGUACACUUACCUGGUGAAGUUUGCUGGUGGCUGCUGCCUCACCUGUGUGCUCCUCUGUGUGGUCAUCACGGUCACCACCACAGUGGUGCACAUGAACCGACUGCAGACGCUACAUAAAUGUGACUACUCGUCUAAGGACAGGGCCUGCAUGUGCUUGUCGGCUAUUGCAGAGUCGCCUGCUCAGGAUGGGGAGCACCAGUUUGUGUUCAACGACACGCCCAGCUGCGAGGUGGUGCACGGCAGCCUCUACGGCUGUCUACGUGCACUUUUUGGCCUCUCGGUGGUUGGCAUCCUAGUGUGCAUCUUCUCCUCCAUGCUUGUCUACCAGCUGCUCAGCCAUGAGCGCAAGAAGGUCUACCUUGAACAGCUGGAGCUGCGUCGAAGGCUGCUGUACCGCCGUCAUCCCAACCACGGCCUCUGCGCCUGCUAUGGCGACAUGUGCCACCCAUGGCCCCUGUGGGACAUGCUUGACUACCGGCUGCUGGCACCGCACCAGCAGGGUUCGCAUGAUCGCCCCAGCCCUGAAGAGCUUAUCAGCGUUGCUGGCCCCUCGCGGAGCCGCACAGCUGCUCUCCGCCGCCGUCGCCCGCCGCUCUGGUGGCUGCCAUGGACACGUCGUGGCACUCGCUCCUCUUCGUCGCGGCCUGGUUGCAACGCAGUUGAGCGGCUGCUUGUUAGAGAUGGCUGGCGCUGCAGCUCGCCUGCUGAGCUCGUAGGUCCUCCCGGCAGUUCGCCGAGCCCGUGGCGGAACGGCUGUACCCAUGGUGGUGGUUCGCGUGCAGCUGAAGCCCGGGGAGUGUCAUCGCGCAGUGCCGCGGCAGCAGUGCGUGCUGCACACCGGCGCACCCGGUCCAACGAUGGAGUGUUCCACCAUCUCCAGAUGAACACCCGGUAUGGUCCUCAGGCAUUCCCCGACCCACCGUGCAGCUACACGGAGAUCCCUGCAUACCUGUGGGGUCCGCCACCGCCCUAUUCACAGCCGCCAUCCCUGGAAGACGUGGCAUGCCUCGGUGGGGAAAACUCUCCACCGGAAGCAAGCCACUGCAGCGUAGCGGAAGGUGCACUCCAGGGCGAAGGCUGCUCCUCCAAGAGAAGCACUCCGUCAGCCGAGAGGCAUGUCGUGGUCACCAUUGGCGGCGACUUCCCAGAGGUACACUGCCGGGCGACAACAACGGCACGCGACGGGAAGCACAGAACAACGGGGAGCAGCUCAUUCAUUGUUGAGGUGCCUUGCUUUCUUCACAAGGGGGGGCUGGUAUUCCACACUUUGCCUGCUCGCAGUCGGCGCAAGCGGCAACCCAGCCCAUUCAAGUCCUUGUCGAACAUUCCACUGUGCAUAUCAAGGAGGCUGAGUCUUUUGCGGCAUGAAAACAUUCGCAACGGUGGAAGCCUUGCAUUCCUUCGCGGCAGGAAGGCAUCAGCCUUAGAGUGGCCGGAGGAGAACACCAUAAUCUCUGAACUGGGCCACACGAUCCGUGUCAUCUGUGAGAAGCCUCCAAAGCAGACGUCCAUUGAGGAGAGCAGCAACAAUGCCACGGAGACAGCCACACCAACUGUUGUGACGCUGCCGUUGGAGACAAGCCAGCUUGCACCCACAACAGAGCCUUCCUGGGUUCCUGCGGCCAGUGUUAAAGUGUUGGCCCCAGUGCAUGCACACUCCAUGCCCAACCUCAGCAUAACAGCAUCGUCGGGUUCCUUGCGUGUUUCACACCACAAUGAGGAGGAGGAGGAUGAGGAAACAUGGACAUCGCGAGACUUUGCCGACACCGGCAGUGAUGGUAGCCAGCUCUCAGAUGCCACGUCAGCCCCCUCCAUUCCUGACGAAGAGGAGUAUGUCUACGAGGGGGAGUCUAGUCAGGCCAGUGCGGUGCCUCCGCCAUUGCCGCCAAAGUGUCUCACGUGGGGGGAGAGGCGGCAGAGGUAUGUGGUGCUCUCCAAGCGUCAAGGCUUGCCGCCUCUGCCCAUGGCCAGGGACCCAGUGACAUUCCUACUUGAGACCGGUAGCUGUUGUGCGUGCCCUUCACAGCCACAGGCACGUACUGUGGCUCCGCCACCAGAGACAACAUCUGGCUCAACCGCUUGGGGCACAGAGGCUCGGUGGCUGAACAGGCGUUUUUGCAGUGAUGACGUGGAAAAUGAAUCGCUGAAUGUCUCACGAUGCUGACGUCCAGCCUCUGCACACCUGUACAGUACACCCUAGCCAGCUCGCACCUGCUUGCUCUAAAGAUGUGGGGGUGCUCCUCCUGUGACUAGAAGCGCAUCAAUGUGCAAGGAGCAGUAGUGUGGGUGACAAUGGCUGCAGCUGUGCCGGAUUGUUGACCCCCCACCAACCCUCUUUUUACAGCGUAGGAGCUGAAAGCAUUUCCACCAUGUUGAGCAUGCCAGCACAGUGUUGCCUCCUCCUCUUCCUUGAGUCUCUGUGUGGAUCUUCCAUAUCACAUAUGCUUUAAAGAGAAUUGUAGUACUCCCAACAUUGCGUUUGUUUCAGACUGCUGCAGUGGCACUGUUCUGCAACCUUCCUUGAGUAUUGAAGCAUUUUAGCGUUUAAGCAACAUGAUGAAAUAUUUCUAUAUAGUGCUUCAAAAGCUUUUAAUUAGUGUUAUCACGCUGGUGUGCUGCAGCCAGAUUGUUGGUUUGCAGUUUUAAUGAACAACCCCUCAUGCAUUUGUUAUACUUAAGUAUUGUGGUGCUUUUUUGCAUUUAUUUACUGUUCAUAAUGUGUAGCGUCCAGCUCAUGCUAUACUUGAUGCAUUAAUUGUGCUGAUCUUAUGGUGCUUUUAGGAAAUGAGUUGCACUGCUCACAGUUACCUUUCGUUUUAUAAUAUAAAGGGACACUUAAGAGAAACACAAACUGGUUAUACUGAUGUGUCUUAAAAAAAAUCGAUUUUCGUCAAUUUCACGGUAGUAAGUUGUCACAGAAGAGAAAAUUAAGGUCAAAGUUCAAUAUUUUAGAUUUUGCGCUGAAUCCGUAGUGCCGAUACAUCAGUGUGACGGAUUUCAAACUAGUUAUUUGGGACGAUGUGGCUCUGUAAAAGGUCACGAAACUUGCUAUGUUCAGUCUUUGGCUCUUUAAAAACAAUGUAAUCCAUCUCAAUUGAUAAAAAGUUAAAUAGGCCUCAUCAGACACCGUCAAAACCUACGACGUCGCGGUGAGUUGGUGUGGGAACUUCAAGGCGGCAUUGCCACCCAUAUUUUGUUUUUGUGUCCUUCCUAGCUUACUAGGCCUCCUGGUAAGAGUGUUUUUAUUUUUUUUUGUAUUUUACAAAUACAGCUUGGAUAUAUUUUUCUCUUUAGUGUCCCUUUAAGUACAUUGAGACUUCAACAUGUACUUUCUAAGGUUACAAGUUACCCGCCGUGGUAGCUUGGUGGCUAUGGCAUUGCACUACUGAGCUGGAGGGUUCGAACCCGGCCAUAUUUCGAUGGGGGCGAAAUACAAGAACGCUUGUGUACUUUGAUUUAGGUGCAGGUGAAAGAAUCCCAGGUAGUCAAAGUUAAUCAGGAGUCCCCCACUACGGCGUGUCUCAUCAUGGUUUUCGCAGGUAAAACUGCAGAAUUAAAAAUACAAGUUUGCUUCUUCCUUUGACAAUACCCGGGCAACUUGCAAUAGAGGUUGUGCUAUAAACCAAAGAUAAAAAUUGGAUGACCAUGUCAAAGCUUUUAUUCUGACAGCCGCCAGUAAGGCACAGGCAGGUCCAAAGAUCAAUCCUUCUUUACUUGUUUCUGCGUGUUUCGAAGUGAAAGAGCCUUGUAUAUGGUGUAUGUGACAGAGAAAAAUGCCACAAAUCCCAGCAUCACAGUUCUUCUGUGUUCCUAUGAAAGAAUAAAGCAUGGUGUCAACAGAG